AUGCAGGCCACCACCACGUUUCUUCUUGAUGUCGGGUCCCAUUCAAUGGUCUACGGGUUCAUGCUUACCCGCAGGUUCAUGAUUGCCGCGAAGAAGAAUUGCCUUGUGCACAGCCUGCAGUGCCAGACAUGCCGCGAGAAUAGAGGCCAAAUCUGUGCAAACCAUCACGCUGUGCUAGAUACCGGAACGGUUGUGCACGCCGAUUGUUAUUCUGAAUCCAACCUCCUGCUGACCUCUGGGGAAUUGGACGACGGCUCGAGCAAGGUCGGACUAUGGAAUCUAGAAGAUGGAGCUCUGAUGCGUGCCUUCACAGGGCCCACGACAUCAGCAGGACUUGUUAGAUUUCUCAAUAGCGACUCUAAGUAUGCUUCGACGUCUGCUGAAUAUGAUAUCAUGUUAUGGGAUCGAAGCCAAGAUGGACCCACUCACGUUCUCAGGGGCCACACUGACCACAUUCGAACAUUAGAACUCCGUGAUGGUUUCCUAUUCUCCGGAGCCGCUGACAAUACUGUGAGAAUAUGGGAUCUUGUAUCGGGGGCGUGUGCUCAGGUUUUCAAUCUUACAGACUAUAUCUCUAUCCUUACUUUCAGCCCUGACGACGCUCUUCUUCGUGCUGGGUGUGGUGGCAGUGGGAAUGUUUCUAUCUGGGACUGGAGGGCUGGAACCCUGGUGGCAGAGCGCCAAACCCAGGCCAGACAGACCCAGCUGUACACAAACUUUGAUGGUCGCAUGAUCACCUCCGGGCUCGAUGGAUGUGUUCGAAUCUGGGAACAAGAUGGCACCCUUCUCGAGACCUUCACGGCACAUGAUGCUCCCAUGCGUGGGCUUGUCAAGGUAGGGCGAUUCGUUGUUACGAUUGGAACUAGGGAUGGCCGGAUCAAACUGUGGGAUUGGGGCAGCAAGACCUAUCUUACUGAUCUCCAGGAACCCGUCGGUUUGAUUGCCAAUGUCGCGACGGGAUAUGGAAGGCUCGUUGUUUCAUCGUGGAAGGGAUCUCGCGAGCUUCAUCAGAUCCAAAUCUGGAAUUUAGACGAGAUUGAGAGGUUUGCAUCAGAAUAUCAUUUGGACCAUUAA